AUGGUCAAGAAGACAGACAAGAAGGACGUGAAAGCUGAUCACUGGACUCAACGUAGAAGCAAGGAUGUGGAUAAAACCAAACGUUCAUGCGUUGAACCAACUAAAAUUGAUGAGUCCAACAUUAUCAGCACACCAAGACCAAGAAAGAAUAUUGACUACAAAGCCGUUCAAUUGAAGGGAGAAGUCAAGAUGGUGAAGAGAAACACUGCUAACACCUACGACAAGAGAAGUACGACCAAGAUUGAAAAGAAGAAGAGAUCGGCUGCCGGUACAAAGAAGACUACCAAAAAGAAGGAGGAAAAGAAGACUGAGGAAAAGAAGGAAUAA